AUGAAAAAUAUUAUAAUUUCUUUAGCCUAUUUUCUUAUAACCAUAAUUACUGCUUCGGCAGUUAUACGAAUUGGUGAUGACCUUGUACACUCUUGUACUACAAAGUGUCCUUUCACUCUUGCUAAUGCGAUUUUUGAUCCAAAUGGUCCUAAAAUUGAAAAGAUUUCGGAAGGUCCAAUUAAGGGACUUGUGGUAUUUGCUCAAGAUGAAGUUGGUAGCACAACCGUCACAGGCUAUUUCAGCAGAGGUUUCAAAUCAACCAAAAACUACAAAUUUUUAGUGGUGGAUAACUGCGGUGAUGUCGUACAUGAUUUGACAAAAAGAUUGAAAGUAACAAUUUAUGAAGGUGGUACCAAAGCUUUCACCUAUAAAUUUGAUGAUCUGAACCUUGAUUGUGAUAAAGAAGGUAUUCUUAUGACAGAAGCUGAAAGAAAUUGCAAAAACCUUUCUGUGCGUGGGAGAAGUGAUAAAUUUCUGAAAAUUAUCGAAAAUGGUAGUACCAACAGUCAAGCGAAGAUUAUACUGAAUCUAAAAUGA